AUGCCUGGAUUACCGGCAAGUAUCGAUCUGGAUGAGUGCAUCGAGAGACUUUAUCGUAAGGAGUUGCUGGCAGACUCUGUUAUCGAGGCGAUAUGCGCCAAAGCCAAGGAGCUGCUGAUGAAGGAGAGCAAUGUCGUUCACAUUGCUGCUCCGGUCACGGUGGUUGGAGACAUCCACGGCCAGUUUUUUGAUAUGAUUGAGAUCUUCAAGAUCGGGGGUUUCUGUCCGAAUACGAAUUACUUGUUUUUAGGCGAUUACGUCGACCGCGGACUUUUCAGCGUGGAAACGAUCUCACUUCUUGUGUGCCUGAAGCUGCGGUAUCCGCAGCGCGUGCACCUGAUCCGGGGCAACCACGAGUCCCGCGGCGUGACGCAGUCGUACGGGUUCUACACGGAGUGCGCGCGCAAGUACGGCAACGCCAAUGUGUGGCACUACUUCACGGACAUGUUCGACUUCCUCACGCUGAGCGUGGUGAUCAACGACCAAAUCUUCUGCGUGCACGGCGGCCUCUCGCCCUCGAUCCACUCCAUCGACCAGAUCAAGAUCAUCGACCGCUUCCGCGAGAUCCCCCACGAGGGGCCCAUGGCCGACCUCGUUUGGUCCGACCCGGACACCGAGCGCGACGAGUUCUCCCUCUCCCCGCGCGGCGCCGGCUACACCUUCGGCGCCCAGGUCGUCCGCAAGUUUCUGGAGGUCAACAGUAUGUCGCACAUCCUGCGCGCCCACCAGCUCUGCCAGGAGGGCUACCAGGUGCUCUACGACGACCGGCUGAGUACCGUCUGGAGCGCGCCGAACUACUGCUACCGCUGCGGGAACCUCGCCAGUGUGCUUGAGGUCAGCGAUACCGGCGAGCGCUACUUCAAUAUCUUCGAUGCUGCCCCGGAGAAUGAUAUCCAUCGCGGCGAGCAGCAGGCGCAGCAGAAUAAGGAUGGCCAAAGCCCCGUGAUUGACUACUUUCUGUGA